GGACUGACUAACACCAAGGGAACGUAUUAUUGUCGUUAUUAUUAUUAUUAUUGUCGUCAUUAUAUUACAUUUAUUAUCGUUGUACGUACGUGUGCCGUAACGGGCGUCGCGAGAUCCUCGACAUUUGUUUACGAUCGACGCCGCACCGGAUCGUUCGUGGGAAAGAAAAUGGUUGCGGAAAAGUACGACAGACUCGAGCCUGAGCUGAAGGAAGAGCUUAGGACGAUCGCCCAGCAGAUCGUCGCUCCUGGAAAAGGAAUCCUCGCUGCUGACGAAUCGACAGCGACGAUUGGCAAGCGUCUUCAGUCCAUUAACGUUGAGAACAACGAGGAGAACCGUAAGGCAUACAGGCAGCUUCUCUUUACAACAGCAAAGGAUGUCAUCAGCCAGCACAUCUCUGGCGUGAUCCUCUACCACGAGACCCUGUACCAGAAGGCUGACGAUGGAACCCCAUUCGUCGAGUUGCUGAAGCAACGUAACAUCCUCCCAGGAAUUAAGGUCGACACUGGUGUCGUGCCUCUGUUCGGCACCAACGACGAAUGCACGACCCAAGGUCUCGACAAUCUUCAGGCUCGUUGCAUCCAGUACAAGAAGGACGGCUGCCAGUUCGCCAAGUGGAGAUGCGUGUUGAAGAUCGGGAAGGACACCCCGAGCAAGUUGGCCAUUUUGGAGAACGCCAACGUCCUGGCUCGCUAUGCUUCCAUUUGCCAGAGCGCCAGGAUCGUGCCCAUCGUCGAGCCUGAAAUCUUGCCCGAUGGCGACCACGACCUUGCUCGUUGCCAACAGGUCACGGAGGAAGUACUAGCUGCUGUCUACAAGGCGCUCUCUGACCAUCACGUGUAUCUCGAGGGAACCCUCUUGAAACCGAACAUGGUAACACCAGGUCAGAGCCACCCCAAGAAGGCAGCUCCUCAGGAGAUUGCUGGUGCCACGGUCACCGCUUUGUUGCGCACCGUACCGCCUGCAGUGCCCGGCAUCACUUUCCUCAGCGGUGGACAGUCCGAGGAGGAGGCAUCCGUAAACUUGGACGCCAUCAACAAGUAUCCGUUGAAGAAACCAUGGGCACUGACCUUCAGCUACGGUCGUGCACUCCAAGCGUCCGUCCUCCGUGCCUGGGCAGGCAAGAAGGAACAGAUAGCAGCUGGCCAGGAUGAACUCAUCAAGAGGGCUAAGGCAAACAGCGCAGCUAGCCAAGGCAAAUAUGUCCCUGGCAGUAUUGUCAGCAAAGCUGCUAAUACGUCUCUGUACGUGAAAACUCAUGCCUACUAAAUUCUUACUUUUCUUUUCGUGAGACAUGUUUUCAUAGCCAACAGCGAAUCGGCACUCGGCAAAUACGCUGGUGGCGUGACAGGAGCAGCUGGCGACGCCGCGCUUUUCGUCGCAAACCACGCGUACUAAACUUAGUCCUUAGAAACAUCCAUAAGGAUAUUUUCGUUAGAAUUUAGAUCGUUCGCCGAACAUCAUCAACGUCGAUCACCGUUGUCAGCAUGGAAACAUUACCAACAAAAAAAGAAGACGAAGAACGGGCUAAGACUUUCAACAUGCCUCGAAACGCGAGCGCGCAUAUCCUCCGUGGAGUUUUUACUUUUCAAUUGGAAACAAAAUCAAUCGAAUUUUAACCUUGUCGCGAUAAUUGGAUUUUCUAAAUAAUUUUAAAACACGAGUUUGAACGCUUUAAGCCGAGGAACACGCCGCGUAUCGAUGCGAGACAAAGUCGUGUGGUCGCUCAGGUUCAUGUAACAUCAGAUGACGCUGUUGACCACGAUCGAUCGGUCGUCGUUUUUAUCGUAUCUUAACGAGCGAGGUGCGAACGAUUAUCCCUUUCCUGCUUUCACACUUUCCGAUUUUAUCCUCUUGCGCUGUCCUUCGACUGCUUUCCUCAUUUUCAUCCUCGCUCUUGUAUUCGGUUUCUCUAGAAUCACGAGACGCGACGGAGAGUGUAUAACGCAUGUAGUAUCGCGGUGUUCGUUCGCUCCGAGCUUGUUUCGAAACGAGAACAGAGGCUUCACCUGUGGAAUCUCUAAAGAUCUGUAAGAACUCCGAAAGAACGUGGUCAUCACGCGCCCACAUGCCUACUGGGCGAAGUUGAUCGAGACGAAAUAUGCUUUACUCUGAUCGUGAACAGAUUUCGCGACAUUCGAAUUACGCACUCGUUAUUAUAUUCUGUAAACACUACGGUAAAAAGCAGAUAUAUAUUAUAUAUUGUCAAUGUCGUUAUGAUAUUCUACGUGUAAAAAAAAAAUAACAAAAAAUGAUACAAAAAAAAAACAAAAUAAAACCAUAUUAAAUGUUGUUUGUUAGCGAAUGAGUCAAAUAUUAUGAAGUCGUAAUAUUGUCAUCUACUUAUACAAUAUGGGUAUCUUACAUAGAUAUUUAAGUAACGUAUUGAAAAGUAUCUCGUACAUCGAUGUUAUACCUAAUAUUUUCAUUGCAAUCUAGGUCACCAAAUACACUGUGGAGGGUAAUCAA